AUGGCAAGGCCCCAAAUGUUCUACACAGCUCUCUUCAUAUCCCUUCUCGCAGUGGUUGCAUCCACCCCCACCACCGUUACCGAAACAACUACCACAAUCAUUAUUGAUGAUCCAUCAAUAAUAAAUAGUAGAUGCAAAUAUGUAGAUGUGAGAGCAAUAAAUCACUGCAAGAUGUACUUAACUCCAGAUCCAAGCAGCUCGAAGAACGCUCAAACUACGCAUUUGACCGAGUGUUGCGGCCAACUAGAUGAACUAGAGACUAAGUGUCGGUGCAUGGCAAUAAAAGAAGUAUUAUGGAACUUAAAAAAUCAAAAGUCUAUGUCUGGAAAAACGUUAUGGGAGAGUGAAGAACUAGAGCAAAUGGAACAAGAUGCAGAAGAUCUUCCCACAAAGUGCAACGUUGAAUUGAAGGAACCGUGCAUUAUUUCCCUCUCUCUAAAAACUACAACUAUAAUGGCAAUAUUUAUAAAAGUAACCAUAAUGUUUUUCGUUGUAGCACUACUGUCCCUAGCCAUUAGUGCUACAACAAUCACCACCAUCACCACAACCAUUGUCGAUGAAAAUGCGAAAGAGUGUGCCCAGAGUAUCGAUCCUAUGAAGCAGCUUGACCACUGCAUGAAAUAUAUUUCUCCAAAAAUGUCACUAAUGAAUGCUCAUGAUGAGCACAGGAUAGAGUGUUGCACCCAAUUCAAAAAUAUUAAGAAAGCAUGUCGUUGCAAAGCCAUAAAAGAGAUGGUAAGGCAACAACAACAGGGACAAAUGGAAAGUGAUGACAGAGAUCAGAUGGUGAAAGACGCGAUGAAUAUUCCAUCUAUCUGCAGGAUCAACAUGCCUGAAGGACAAUGUGACAUCCAAACAUUUUACUUUUAG